AUGGGCCUGACAAGCAACACCGGUUUGCUGUCGAGCGCGCCGCAAAAACCAAUAGCGGCAGCCCGAAAGACGACUAAAGAGCUGAAGUGCUCGGCACCAUUCGUUCUUCGGCCUUGGAUUCAGAAGGACAGGGACCCCCCACCCCUCACGCAUACAUCCAGAGGGAUCUCGAUGAGUCCUCUGAAAGGAGUCCUCUCCAAACCA